UUCCAUUCCACUUCUCGACUUCUCCAAUGCUUAAUCCUUCUUUUGGCUUUUCUCUUUUUCUCUUUUAAAUUCUCCACUUCCCUUCUCUCAUUUUCCCAUCCCUUUUUCCCCUCAUUAUUAUUCACUUUUCCCUCCUGAUUAAAAAAAAAAAAAAAAAAAAACCAUGCCAACUCUUGACGAUCUUAAUUUUCAUAACAAUAAUAUAAUUCCUUCUAAUUCUCCCAACUCCAUAAUCCCACCUCAAUUCAUCUGGCCCGACCACGAGAAGCCGACUCUCAACUUACCUGACCUUCACGUGCCUCCUAUCGACUUGCUCAACUCGGUCUCUGGCGACCCAGUUGCCCUCUCAGAGACGUGUCAUCUCCUAGAUCAGGUUUGUCGUAAGCAUGGUUUCUUUAUCGUGGUGAAUCAUGGGGUGGAUGCGGAGCUGAUCGCAAAGGCACACGAGUACAUGGAGUUGUUCUUUGGGAUGAAAGUGGAGGAGAAACAACGAGCUGAGAGGAAAGUAGGUGAGCAUUGUGGAUAUGCAAACAGCUUUGUUGGGAGAUUCUCAUGUAAACUUCCAUGGAAGGAAACUCUGUCUUUCACAUACUCAGCUGAUUGCAAUCAUGAUGUUGUUGAAGAUUACUUUGUGAAUGCUUUGGGAGAGGAUUGGAGAAAUGUUGGGAAGUUAUACCAACAAUAUUGUGAAGCCAUGAGUAAGGUUUCACUCACAAUAAUGGAGCUUUUAGGGUUGAGUUUGGGAGUUGGAAGACAAUAUUUUAGAGAUUUCUUUCAACGAAAUGAAUCCAUAAUGAGAUUAAAUUAUUACCCAAAGUGCCAAAGUCCGGAACAAACACUUGGAACUGGCCCUCAUUGUGAUCCAACUUCAUUGACUAUCCUUCACCAACAUGAUCAUGUUCAUGGCCUCCAAGUUUUUGUUGAUCAACAAUGGCAUUACAUUCCUCCAAACCCUCAAGCAUUCGUUGUCAACAUAGGCGACACCUUCACCGCAUUAUCGAACGGGAUGUACAAGAGUUGCUUGCAUAGAGCAGUGGUGAAUGAAGAAGCAGUGAGGAAAUCGUUAGCAUUUUUUUUGUGUCCAAAUGAAGAGAAAGUAGUGAGGCCACCAGGGUGUUUGGUUGAUGAGAAAAAUCCAAGGAUUUUGCAAGAUUUUAGAUGGCCAACUUUUCUUCGUUUUUCUCAGAAACAUUAUAGAGCUGAUGAUAAAACACUACUUGCCUUUUCCAAUUGGCUCUACCAACAAACCACACUUUAAUUUUCCACUUCCACCACUCGUUAAUAAUAAAUAAAUAAAAGUAAUUUGGAUUAUUAUUAUUCUACUUAAUUACAAAGUACACGUACUCUCAAUCCCAAAUGAUUAUGUUACAUAUAUCAUGAUUAAUUAACCCUCUUAAUCUUCUUAGUUAUAGCUUCUCUCUCCCUUUGUAAAUUCAUCACCCCCAUGUACUAUAACGUUAGUGAAGUUUGAGGGAGGAUACAUGUGGUCUGUAAAUUGUAUCUCUAUAUAAAUAAAUAAAUAAACAAAACAUAUGUUUUAACUUUUCCACU